UUUUAAUCAUCAAACCUCAAUUUCAAUUUCAAUCUUUUAUAUUUUUACCUUAUUGAUAGCAAAAUUUUCAUUUAAUUUAUUUACACUAGCACCUCCAAAUACGCAGCUGCCAUGUCCGAGCAACACACAUUCCCAGACGACGUCGAGUCUGGAGCCGAUCACAUCAGCGGAGAGACCACGCCGCUGCUCAGUGUCUCACCUUCAGAAGUCGCUCUCGAGAUCAACAAGCACGACGCGAACCAACCCUACGCUGCUGUGGCUAAAACUGAGAUCAAGUGGAUAGCGUCAUCGUCUUCUCUUAUUAUUCUGACGCUGGUUUUGCAAUCGUCGUUCUUUUUUGUCAAUGUCCUUUCAGUCAGCCACUUGGGAGCCAAAGAGCUUGCAGCAAUGUCUUUGGCAGUGACUUGCAUGGGCAUAUUGGCAAUGGCGCCCUCAUUCGGACUGCUCUCGGCUAUGGACACAUUUUGCAGCACUGCAUUCACGGCAUCGCGGGACAAAACGCUGGUCGGCUUUCAUUUCCAGCGUGGGAUAAUCGCGGUUCUUACCCAUGUGAUAAUAGUGGCGCCGAUUAUGUGGAACGCCGAGAAAAUUCUUCUGGCGAUUGGGCAGGACCCAGAAAUUUCGCAUCUGAGCGGCAUUUAUCUGAGGAUCCAAAUCCCAGGUAUUUUCCCUUGGACGAUGUUUGAGGCUUGCAAGCGUUAUCUCCAGGCCCAGGAGAUCAUGCACGCGGGAAUAACGAUUGUCGCAGUGAUUGCGCCCAUCCACUGGAUCAACAGUUUUGUCUUUGUGCGCUCCUCAACAUAUGGUUUUGGAUUCAUCGGCGCGCCGAUAGUAACCGUCGUAUCCAAUGUAUUGAUGUUUUUGGGCAUGCUCAUCUACAUUCGCUUCAGCAAGGUCAACGAGACAUGGGGAGGGUGGGAUAUUGGUGCCUUCCGCAACAUGUCCGCGUACUAUAAACUGGCAAUCCCCGCCGUUGUGACCAUCUGCGCUGAGUGGGUUGGAUUUGAGUUGCUGACAAUCGGUAUUUCGUAUUUUGGCGCGUACCAACUAGCUGGUCACGCAAUCACGAUGAACUCUGUCGGUAUGCUAUUCCAUAUCAGCAACGGUCUGGGUUACGGUGCCAGCCCGCGCAUAGGCAAUCUGAUCGGUGGAGCCAAACCGCGCCAGGCGCGCAUUGCCGCCGACAUGUCCAUGUUGGCGUCGGUGAUAGUUGGAACUGCAGGAACAGUUUUUCUUUCUGUCUACGGCGAAUGGUGGACUACCGUCUACACCGACGAUCCAAAUAUUGCUCGCGAAACUGCGCGUUUGAUGCCUGUCGCGUGCCUUUUCCUUAUCGGCGAUGGUCUGAAUGCUGUUUUCAGCGCUGUUUUGCGCGGACUGGGUCGGCAAAAGGUGAGCGCCAAUAUUUUCCUUCUGGGCUUCUACUGCUGCGCCAUUCCGCUUGGAGCGUACCUUGGCUAUGGAUUGCACAUGGAGGCGGUUGGAUUGUGGUGGGGUAUGUGUAUUGGCGUUAUCUUGUCCGCUGUUCUUCAGCUUGUGUACAUCUUCAAAUGGAUUGAUUGGUCGGAUGAGGUACGCUUGUGUCUUCUGCGACUCAAAGGGAGCAGUAACAACAGAGACGAGAGUGAUUCCACCGAAGACAAUGCCGAUGGUACGUCUAUUAGUCAUUGAAUAAAUUUUGUAAUUUUGACUAUGGCGUUGCUAUUAGCCAGACAUGUGUUGUUGCCGCCGACAGCAUGUAAUUCAAAAGUGUCAUAUUAUUUUAAAAAUAUACAAUAUUGCUGAUCCAUCAAGCUAAUAACGGCUAGUAAUUUGGUCGUAUCUAUAGAUCCUGAUCGGAUAAAUGACAUGACGCCCACUCCACAGCGCGUGAUUCUUCCUUUUCUGUUAUGUUAAUUUUUCAGUUUAUUUUUUAAUACCAACCAAAUAUUAG